GGGGUGGGAGCCCUCGUCUCAGCUUCACCUUCACCUCACCGCGGCUGUUUGCAGGAGGAGGAGGAGGCCGUCCCCAUGAAGAAGGAGAAGACGCACUUCUCCGUGCGGCUGACGGAGCUGAAGGCCACCGACAAGGUGAAGCUCAUCAAGGAGGUGAAGAACUUCGUGCCUGGCAUAAACCUCGUGCAGGCAAAGAAGCUGGUGGAGUCCCUUCCGCAGGAGAUCAAGGCUAACGUGUCCAAGGAGGAAGCAGAAAAGAUCAAAACAGCGCUGGAGGCAGCAGGAGGGACUGUGGUUCUGGAGUAGGCGGCCCCGGGUCACCCAGAGGGACUCGUGGAGCAGCACCUGCCUGUGGUGCUCACACUGACCGAGCCAGGCCCUGGGCACUCCGGGAGCGAGAUGCCCUCGCGCCGCGUGGUGGGAAUGCUUUGUCCACAUGGUUCAGUGCAACCGCAGCGUGCGGUUUGGUGGGGCUGCCGUUUAAUUCCGGCAUCACAACGAACUCUACAUUCAUAAAAGCCAAGUGGGAAAAGCUC